AUGACCUCUGCCUUCCGCAAAGACAACCACACCAAACUCGGUGAAGCAAUGCAACCACAAUCCACCAAAUCAACCAGCACCAAGAUCAAAGAAUCCAUCACCGACACAGCGGACAAAAUCGCCCGCGAAGUGCAGCCCGACUCGUCCAAGAACCACUCGCAGGCCACCAUGGACAAGGCCGGCCGCUCCUACGACCGCAAUGUGCACGGCUCCACGGGCGGCAGUAUCCUUGACAAGACCAAGAGCGCGCUGGGCAUGGGCGGACAUUACAAGGGGGCGCAUACGCAUGGGAAUGGGUUGUAA